AUGUCUUUCUGGUCAGAGUAUUUGGAUAGUCCAACUUUGUCUGUGUUACCACAUGACUUCUUGAAGCCUGCCAAUAACCAGUCGGUCGAGGCUACCUAUAGUUUUGAAAUUGAAAAGGAAGAGAGCUUUAUUACUGGACUUGCUGUCUUUUCUGCAUUAAUCUACAGAUUGACUGGAGACGAGGACAUAGUCAUUGCUACAGAUGCGAAGACUUCAGGAACUGAGUUCAUCAUCAGAUUGAGUUUGACACCAGAGUUGAGUUUUGAUCAAUUAGUUGCUAAUGUCACCAAGGAAUUCGAAAAUAAUGUUGCCAAGAUUGACUACACUUCUCUUUCGGAGGUAUCAGAACAGAUAAGAGCUGCUAAGAAAUUGGAAGAACAUCCAGGCUUGUUCAGGUUAUCAUAUCAGCACUCGAAUCCUAACCAACAGCUAUCCACCACUGUUGAGGGCUCCAUUCGUGAUUUGGCUGUAUUCACAGAAGGCAACAAGUUCACCAUUUUCUACAACAGUUUGCUCUAUAAGCAUGACAGAGUUGUUGUAUUUGGAGAACAGUUUUCGCAAUACAUUGCUAAAGCUUCCUCCAAUUCAAAUGUUCAGAUUACAAAGGUUAACUUGAUCACUCCAUCUCAGAAGGAACAUUUGCCAGAUCCAACUUUGGACUUGGACUGGGGCGGAUACCGUGGAGCCAUCCAAGACAUCUUCAUGAAGAAUGCCUUAGCACAUCCAGAAAAACCAUGUGUGAUUGAAACCAAGUCGUUCUUGGAUCCUUCUACAAAGACUCGAACCUUCAACUACAAACAAAUCAAUCAGGCUUCCAACGUAGUAGGUAACUAUUUGAAGGAAACUGGUAUCAAGAAAGGAGAUAUAGUCAUGAUCUACGCUUACAGAGGUGUUGAUUUGAUGGUAGCUGUGAUGGGUGUCUUGAAGGCUGGUGCCACCUUUUCUGUGAUUGACCCUGCCUACCCUCCAGCUAGACAAAAUAUCUACCUCUCUGUAGCCAAGCCUUCUGGGUUAAUUGGGUUGGAAAAGGCUGGGACCUUAGACUCAUUAGUUGUGGAUUACAUCAAAAACGAGUUGAAGGUAGUUACCACAAUUCCUCAAUUGAAAAUCAACGAUGACGGUUCAUUGGUCGGAGGUGUGAUUGAAGGCCAAUCCGCUGAUUGUUUACAAGGCUACGAAAAGUUCCAAGAUCAGGCUACAGGAGUCAUUGUUGGUCCUGAUUCCAAUCCUACUCUUUCAUUCACUUCUGGUUCUGAAGGUAUUCCCAAGGGUGUUUUGGGUCGUCAUUACUCUUUGGCUUACUAUUUCCCAUGGAUGGCAAAGACUUUUGGAUUGUCUGAAAAGGACAAGUUUACCAUGUUGUCUGGUAUUGCUCAUGAUCCAAUCCAAAGAGAUAUGUUCACGCCUUUAUUUUUGGGGGCUCAAUUGUUGGUGCCCACUGCAGACGAUAUUGGAACUCCAGGUAAAUUGGCAGAUUGGAUGGCUGAAUAUGGUGCUACUGUAACUCAUUUGACACCAGCUAUGGGUCAAUUGUUGAGCGCUCAAGCUUCUACACCAAUUCCAAGUUUGCAUCAUGCCUUCUUUGUUGGUGAUAUUUUGACGAAGAGAGACUGUUUGAGAUUGCAAACUUUGGCAGAAAACGUUUUUAUUGUAAAUAUGUACGGUACUACUGAAACUCAAAGGUCGGUGUCCUUCUUCGAGAUUAAGAGCAGAAAGGCUGAUUCAACUUACUUGAAGAACUUAAAGGAUGUCAUGCCAGCAGGUACCGGUAUGUACAAUGUCCAGUUGCUAGUUGUCAACAGAAAUGACAGAUCGCAAACUUGUGGUGUUGGUGAAGUAGGAGAAAUCUACGUUAGAGCAGCUGGACUUGCCGAAGGGUACAGAGGGUUGCCAGACUUGAACAAAGAAAAGUUUGUUACUAACUGGUAUGUUGAUUCUAGCGAAUGGGUUAAGAAAGACGAGGAAAACAAGAAGCCAGAAGAAGUAUGGAGAGAACACGGAUGGUUGGGUCCAAGAGACAGAUUGUACAGAACUGGAGAUUUAGGACGUUAUCUUCCAGAUGGUAAUGUUGAAUGUUGUGGUCGUGCUGACGAUCAAGUCAAGAUCAGAGGGUUCAGAAUUGAAUUGGGAGAAAUCGACACCCACUUGUCACAACAUCCCUUGGUCAGGGAGAACGUUACUUUGGUUAGAAGAGACAAAAACGAAGAACCAACAUUGAUUUCAUAUAUAGUUCCCAAAGAGUCUCCCGAAUUGGCUCAAUUUAAGGCUGAAGUGGACGAUGAAACCGACUCUGAUCCUAUUGUUCAAGGUUUAGUUUCCUACAGAGAAUUGAUAAAGGACAUCAAGAACUACUUGAAGAAGAGAUUGGCAUCUUAUGCUGUGCCAACUGUAGUGGUUCCUCUUGCUAAAUUGCCUUUGAACCCUAACGGUAAGGUGGACAAGCCAAAAUUGCCAUUCCCAGAUACGGCACAAUUGUCAGCUGUGGCCAAAUUGGUUGCCAGCAGUAGAGCUGGUGGAGCUGAAGCCGCCGAAGAAGAAGAAUUCUCUAAGUUAGAAGAAGUUAUCAGAGAUUUGUGGUUAGAGGUUUUGCCCACCAGACCAGCAACGAUUUCCAAGGACGACUCGUUCUUUGACUUGGGUGGUCACUCCAUCUUGGGUACUAGAAUGAUUUUUGAAUUGAGAAAGAGAUUGAAUGUCGAUGUUCCAUUGGGUGUUAUCUUUAAGAACCCUUCUAUUGAAGCUUUUGCCAAGGAAGUGGAAAAGUUUAUUAAGGGUUCCGACUUUCAACUAGCUGAUGGCAAGGAAACUGAAGAAGAAGCCGAAGAAAUUAUCGACUAUUCCAAAGACGCUGCUGAGUUGGCUCAAAGUGCAUUGCUUGAAAAAUACGACUCGUUGAAGGAGCUUGAUACAUCGAAGACAAUCAACGUGUUCGUCACUGGUGGUACUGGUUUCUUGGGCUCUUUCAUCAUACGCGAUAUCUUGACGUCUCGUCCAAACCAAUCUUUUAAGAUCUACGCUCAUGUCAGAGCUUCUUCCAAAGAAGCAGGUCUCGAAAGGUUACGCAAGGCUGGUCUUACUUACGGUAUUUGGCAAGACGAAUGGUCAAAGAAUAUCGAGGUGGUAUUGGGUGAUUUGUCCAAGCCGCAGUUUGGUUUGGACGAUACUGAUUGGGUACAAUUAGCAAACGAAAUCGAUGUCAUAGUUCAUAACGGUGCUUUUGUUCACUGGGUGUAUCCAUACUCUCAAUUGAGAGAUGCCAAUGUCAAUGGCACCAUUAACGUUUUGAACUUGUGUGGUCAAGGUAAGGCUAAGUUCUUUUCGUUCGUUUCUUCUACAUCUGCUCUUGACACAGACUACUUUGUCCACCUUUCCGACGAAUUGAUUGCUAAGGGCUUGCCUGGUCUUCCAGAAUCCGAUAAUUUACAAGGUUCCGCCAAGGGCUUGGGCAAUGGUUAUGGUCAAUCCAAAUGGGCUGCCGAAUAUAUUAUCAGAGCUGCUGGUAAGAGAGGAUUGAGAGGUUGUAUCACGAGACCAGGUUACGUAACUGGCUUUUCGCAGACUGGUGCUUCCAACACUGAUGAUUUCUUGUUGAGAAUGUUAAAGGGAAGUGCUGAAUUGGGAUUCUACCCCAACAUUUCAAACAAUGUCAACAUGGUUCCAGUAGACCAUGUUGCCAGAGUAGUCGUAGCAACAGCAUUGCAUCCUCCUGUAGACACUGAAUUGGCUGUAGCUCAUGUCACUGGACAUCCAAGAAUCGAAUUUAAUGAUUUCUUGGGUACUUUGAAGACCUAUGGAUACAAUGUCGAUAUCGUCGACUACCCUGAAUGGAGAAAGGAGCUAGAAAGAUUUGUAGUGGAAGACUCGAAGGAAUCUGCUUUGUUCCCAUUGUUGCACUUUGUUUUGGACAACUUGCCACAGGAUACCAAGGCUCCAGAAUUGGACGAUUCCAACGCUGCCACUUCUUUGAAAGCUGAUGCUGCCUGGACUGGAGUCGAUUUCAGUUCUGGAAGGGGUGUGGACGCUAAGCAGAUGAGCAUCUACAUCAGUUACUUGAUCAAGACUGGCUUCUUGCCUGUACCUACUGGUGAAGGUGCAAAGUUGCCUCAAAUUGAAAUUAGCAAAGUGACCUUGGACUUGAUUAAUUCUGGAGCCAGCGCCCGUUCUUCGGCUGCUGCACCUAAGUAAGUAUAAGUAAUUUCACAAAUCGAAAAUGCAUAGCUAUU